UCAUUUGUGAUUGUGACGUUUCGCUCGAGUUCCACUCAUUUAUCUCUGCGAGCUGGCUGCACCGACAAGGGACUAAAAAAUACUCCCAAAAUAAAGAACUGGAGUUUGAAAUUUUGCAGUUUUGCACAUUUAUUAUCGUAGAAUCAAUUAAGUUCAUUCUAGCUUGGAGAAUUGUUCGAUCAAAAUGGAAAAGCGGUCAUCUAACAAUACCCCCAAAGGGAGUCGAGUUCCGUUCGAGAAAUGGAUGGGUGAACUCGCAAGUGGAAAGGUGGAUGAUUUGUGUGCGCACAUGGCGAAAUUGCAGGCUGUAAUGUCCGACCCUGCUUAUUUGGAUGAGACAUUCGAGUUUCUGGUCAGGAUGGAUUUGCCAAAGGCUGAAGGACAAACUACACCGUGGCUUUACAACGUGGAAAGGAAACGUUUCAAGGACGCAUUUACUUGGGAGGGCAAAAAUAGUUUGCAAGAUCAGAUGAAAUAUGCCUCCUUCGUCAUGAGAUCGCUAAAUAUGCCUGGUGAAUUUCACGGCGUUGAAGAUGUAGCCGAUAUUACCAUUGUAAACUCCCUGGACUUCAUGAUAACUUACUACGAGACGGCUAAGCAAACUGAACAGAAGAGCUUGGAAUUGCGGAUGUUAUCUCGAGACCGACUGCACCACUUGGAGUCUUCUUUGAAACGGGAGGAACAGACGAUGGCUGAACUUUCUAUAAUUACUAAGGAAUUCAAGGAAUACAUUCAGGAAUUUAAGGCUGGCAAAAUUACAGUGGAAUCUCUCAAGGAAAUGGACCUUGGUCGAAAGAGAAUUGUAAAUGUGUUUAGAAAACGGACCAGUGAUAUUGAUGCACAAAUGCAAGAGGAAAAGAGCAAGAUGCCGUCACUGUUGACUUCAAAGAACGAUGUAUCCCGUCUGGUGGAAAAUCUUGGGGAAAUGGAAAAAAUGUGGUCAAAGCAAUUGGUUAAUAUCAUGCUCAAAUUUAAGAUGUCCCCAAACUUCAGGCCAUUUGAACUCUCCGACAAGAUUAAAAUUGAGAUUGAAGUGGUGGAACGCUUGAAGAAAAUGUGCAAAAGGAUUGAGAUUCUUGGAAAUCUUUUGCUGGCGGAGACCGACGUGGCUAAAAAGAACAAGUUUGAGGAGGAUUUGAAAAAGGAAGAAGAUGAGUUGAAAACGUUUUCGGAGAAAAAGGAAACAGUUGAUGCAUUUGCUUUUGUGAACACUGGGACCAUGCAGCUGAUGAAGAGAGCGUGCAAUAAUGAAGAAAUUAUCAACGAAACAAUGGAUGAAUUAUGGAUUGUUUUCAACGAGCAUGCCAAACGGCACGAGUUGCCAGAUCAGUACGCCGCAACGGAAAAAGAAAUUGAAGAACUCAUCGGUAUUUACAAGGAUGACGAGGUCGACGAGGAGGAACAUGAAAAUGACGAAGACAAGAAAGUUGAGAAUGACGAAGACAAGAAAGUGGAGAAUGACGAAGACAAGAAAGUGGAGAAUGACGAAGAAGAUAACAAGGAGAAUAAGGAGGAAAAUGUCGAAGAUUUUGAGACCAGUUACCAGAAAAAGGGAGACGACUAAAUUUAUGCUUAUGGGUAUCCAUUAAUGAAACCUCAACUAAUUGGACACUGAUUAUUUAAUAAUUCACAUCUAACUCAUGUAUUUUUGAAUCUGACUCCCAAUACUUUAAAUGAUUUAUUGAUUAAACUUGACUAAUUUAUAAGAUGAUGCCAAUUGUAACUUACGAUUUGAUAGCAAGUUAUAACUUAUAAUUUAAUUGAUUCAGUGUCAAUGUUAAGUGCGAGUCGAAUAUAUUUAGUAAUGUAGUAUGACCGAUAUAGAUUGUUAACUUUUAUUUCUUAACCAAGUGUAAAUCUAUUAUUUGUUCGAAUGAAUAGAUAAACGCUCAAAGUUUUCUCAAUUUUCCUUAAA